AUGGAUCCAUUUUCUUGUCACCUCAAAUAACCUUUAAUAAAAUUUCAAGACGUUUCCGAAUAUUAUGUUUUAUUUAGCCACAAGUGAAUAUUUUUGAAAUUAAAAAAAAAAUGGGAGAGAGAAAAUUUGUGUGGGAUGAAUUUCAUGAAGGAAUAACUCUCUUCGGAAGAAUUACAAAGCAGGAAGACGAGCAGAAAAAUAUUAAAGGAAGACCAUCAUAUAUUAAAAAUGAAGCUAGAAUUUUUUGUCCGCAUUCCUACCUAGUGCUCAAUUUUCAAGAAUCGUUGAAUCCAACCGAAGAGAUGAAGUUCAAGAGACAUUUUAUGAGAAAAAUCACACCCAUGGAACCGGAUAUUAUUAUUCUUCAGGAUAUCAAGAAUCUCGUUUUGUACUUAAUAACCCGUCAACUCAGUGUGGAAUUUAUUCAGUUUUUUCACAGACCAAUAGUCGAUCGAUUUUUGAGAGCUCUUAUUAUUUAUUUUCAAUUUUUCACCGAAACUUGGGAAGAAUUGAUGGAGACGAGAAAUGCGACUGAGAAAAAAGCGGAAAAUCCUUUAACGAGAGGAAGUGCCUUGAAAAGAGCUGAUGACUUAAAUUGUUUGCGUUGCAUUUUGGGUAAAGAGUAUUCAAACAUAAUUACUGGAGGUGAAAAUGGGGCUCGUUACCAUCACAUGAUGGCGGGUGAAAAAUCUCUAAUUCAGUCCCAAAAUGAAAAAGAUUUACGAAUUUUUGAAACGCUGAUUGGGGUUUCUCAUCGAGUUGUAUGGAUUGCUCUCAAGCGGCAAUAUUUUCACUUAAUAGAAAUAGAAUUACAGAGACUUUUUAGAACAGAUGCUUAUAAUACCGCUGGAAGAAAAAAUCCUGGAUUUUAUAAAAAUAUUCAAGAGAACGAAAUUUUGGAAUUGCAUGGUCCAAAAAUGUUACCAAGAAGGAAACUUCUAAGAAAUUCUCCUUUGCCUUAUCAAGUCGUCUACACCGAAUGUGAUUUUCGUCUUUUGGCUCUAGACGUCUUGAAUUCGAAAGAUCCCCGUAUUAAUUACCUACAAAACGCCCUUCUUCUGCAUGAAGAAAAAUUGACUGAAUUUGGAAUUGAAGUUGGUAUUCUCGGAAUGCCCCGUUCAAAUUUCGACAUUUUUCUACUGCCAUUGAAAGAGGGAGAAUCUGAGCGACAGAACAACCAAAAAUUUGAAGAAUAUUCACCAUUAGGAAAAAAACAGAAGCAAGAGAGAAAAAUUCCACCUUUUGGAUCAGAUUUCGAGUUGGACUUCCAAUUUCUACCGGAACCAAUAAUUACAAGUAAAAUGAAGAGGUCACGUAUGGAAGAAAAGAAAAAGUGGAUUGAACGUGUUUUAAGUUAUCGUUUAAAUAAAAAAUUGGAUACACCUUCUGCGACAGUGACUUGGGAAUAAAAUUAUAUUAUAUUCUUUUAAAAAUAGUU